AGCUUGAGCUUCUCCGGAGAUCCAUGGCGGCGGGCUCUCCGGACGAGCAAGUCCUCUCCUUGCUAUCCAAAUCCUCUCACUUGCGCCAUCUAAAGCAAAUCCAUGGCUACCUCAUCGCUGUUGGCCACGCCCACACCCAGUUCUUUGCCUUCAAGCUCGUCCGCUUCGCUGCCAUUGCCCUCUCCGACCUCGCCUAUGCGCGCCUCAUCUUUGAUUCACUUCCAUCGCCCAAUGUCUACCUCUACACCGGCAUGAUCACUGCCUACUCCUCCUGCCCUAUCCCUCUUCGGCCCCUUCACCUCUUCCGGCUCAUGCUCUCCCGCCCCCGUCCCCGCCCUAAUCAUUUCGUCUAUCCCCACGUCUUAAAAUCUUGUUUCUACUCGUCUCAUCUCGAUUUUAUGAAAUCAGUCCAUUCGCACAUUUUGAAGUCCGGUUUCCAGGAUCAUGGCGUUGUGCAGACAUCGCUUCUUGAUGGGUACGCGAGAUUUUCCGAUGUAGGUACUGCACGGCAGUUGUUUGAUUCAUUGCGUGAGAGAAAUGUGGUAUCUUGGACGGCUAUGGUGUCCGGGUACCUGCGGGUUGGGAUGGUUGGGAAUGCAGUUGCGUUGUUUGAGGAAAUGCCUGCGAGAGAUGUGCCUUCAUGGAAUGCGGUGAUUGCUGGCUGCACUCAGAACGGGCUUUUCUCUGAAGCUGUUGGUAUUUUUCGGAAAAUGUUAGCUCCCUUUGUGGUGCCAAAUCAGACGACUGUGGCUUGUGUGCUCUCAGCUUGUGGACAACUGAGUAUGCUCCGGUUUGGGAAGUGGGUGCAUGGAUAUAUAACCAAGAAUGAUAUUGAGCAGUGUCCGUAUGUUUCAAAUUCUCUUAUUGAUAUGUAUGGGAAAUGUGGGAGCUUGAGAGAAGCAAGGUGGAUUUUUAGUACAUUGUCUGAGAAGAACUUGACAACUUGGAAUUCAAUGAUCAAUUGUCUUGCCCUCCACGGGCAUAGCGAGAGUGCUAUUGCAAUGUUCAAAGAGAUGGAAUGCGAGGGAUGUGAGCCGGAUGAAGUCACAUUUGUUGGGCUUUUGAAUGCUUGUACACAUGGUGGGUUGGUUGAUGAAGGUCUUGACUAUUUUGAGUCAAUGAGCAGGGAUUUCCGGAUUGAGCCCCAGAUUGAGCACUAUGGAUGCGUGAUAGACCUUCUUGUCCGUGCCGGGAGAUUUGAAGAUGCGAUGGGGAUAGUGAGGGAUAUGAGAAUAGAACCUGAUGAGGUUGUGUGGGGGUCUUUGCUUAAUGGUUGUAGGAUUUAUGGGGAUGCAAGGUUAGCUGAAUUGGCAGUCAGAAAACUUUUGGAGUUGGAUCCCGAAAAUGCUGACUAUGGUGUUAUGUUGGCAAACUUAUAUAGCGAGAAUGGAAAGUGGGAGGAGGUAAGGAAGGUGAGAAAGCUGUUGAAAGAGGGUGGAGGGAAGAAAUUACCUGGGUGUAGCUGGAUUGAGAUAGAUAGUGAGGUGCACCAGUUCUAUUCUGGUGAUAAAUUCCACCCUAGAUUUAAAGAUAUUUAUAUGGUUUUAGAGGGAUUAUUUGGAUUGGUGGAACUGUGAGAAGAUGUUCAACUAAUGGCUGGACAUGAGUGUUGCAAUGUUCAAACUUGAGAGGCUUGGGCAUUUAGGUGAAUGCGAUCUGGUAAUGCGUUAACUUAUCGAUAAUUGUAACUGUGGGUGAAGCGACAGAUGAUUGUCUAUCUUAUUGACAGAAAUACUGAGACAGUUAGUUUGACACAGGGAAUUACUUGCUUCAAGGAGCAUGAUUCAUGUUAACAUGGCUGGUGUUUUCGACUUCCAUCUAAAGCAUUGCCAAUGUACUUCCCUUUUAGCCAAAGCCUUUCUAUGCAAAUGUUGGGAGGCCAUGCUGAAUUGAUGAUGGGAAGUAAGCCAACUCCAUUGAAGGUUUCAGCAAUAUGAUUGUUUGAGUUCUUGAUGUUGUGAAGAUGUCCAUGAUUCUGUAAGAGAAUAUUUUCUUGCGAUUUGUCUUCAUUGAUGUUGUAACACUUUUUACGUAUGAAAUCCCAAUGUUGAUUUCCACUUCAUGAUUCUGCAAGAGAAUUGAUUCCUUCUCCAAAGCAUAGACCUUGUACCUGCCACCAACCAUAUAGUGUUUGACUUGUUCCCUUGUGCUCUUUCUAAAUCUUCAAAAGUUUAACUGUUUCAAUUAUCUUCUUCAUUAUC